CGGAGCCGCCCCUUCGCCCUCAGUCCGCCGCCGGCGCCGAGGCCUCCAGUCCUGCGCGAAGGAAGGGCCCGCAGGCCGCGGGCGCAGCCAGUGCCAGCCAGACACGGUCCAGGAGCCUCUGGGCAGCUCCAGGAAUAUUGACGGGGCUCCAUUGGGACUCCCCCCACGGCCGUAGCAUCUGGGGCUCCUCCGCCGGUCCUGCCCCGAUUCUGCGCAAAGGAUGUUCAGUCCGAAGAAGUCCUACGACAGCCCCCCUGCCGGCUACGGCCCGCCUGGGGACGACUACGGGUACCCCAUCAAGUCGCCCCCCCCGGGGUCCUACUACAUCGAGGAUGAGCCCCAGUAUUUCUACAAGUGGACCUCCCCCCCCAGCGUGGUGAGGAUCCUGGAGGGGCUGGGCAUCCUGCUCUGCGUGGCCAUCUUCGCCUGCGUGGCCUCCACUCUGGUCUGGGAGUACGGCUAUGGGGGGUUCUAUGGCAACACCAUGGGGGGCUACUACGGCGGGGGCUACGGCGGAGGCUAUGGCGGCAGCCUGGGCGGCUACGGCGGAGGCCUGGGUGGCUACUACGGUGGGUACGGCAUGGGGGGCUACUACGGGGGCAUGACCAACCCCCGGGCGGCCAACGGCUUCAUGAUCGCCAUGUCGGUGCUGUGUUUCAUCGCCCUGCUGGCCCUGGCCAUCACCAGCCUCACCAAGUCUGCCGGGGCCCGGUCCAGGAGGUUCUAUCUGGUGACCCUCGUGGUCUGCGCCCUGAUGGCCUUCGUCAUGCUGAUCGCCUCCAUCGUCUACAUCAUGGGGGUCAAUCCCCAGGCCCAGAUGGGGGGCAGCUACUACUCCACCAACCCGAUGCUGGCCAUGUGCAACCAGGUCUACGCCGGGGGAGCCUACUACAACCAGUACCUCUACCACUACUGCAUGGUGGACCCCCAGGAGGCGUCCCCAUUCGUCUGCGGCUUCCUCCUGGUGAUCCUGCUUUGCGUCAUCUGCUUCUUCGCCCACAAGACGCGGCAGAAGAUCUGGCGGUUUGGGAAGCAAAACAUUUACUGGGACCGGCCCCCAGCACAGGAGGAGGGUCCCAACGUGGAGGAAUGGGUGAAGAACGUGGAUGGCCGAGCCAGCCCCACCGACACGGCCACCCUGGUCUACUCGGAGAAGCCCACCAGCCCUCUCCACGCUCCCGCCAGCCCCCCCGGCUACACCGAGGCCGACUACUCCAUGGCUGUCCGGAGCAGCUCUCCCUUCCAGCCCCCCCUGGACAAGCGCAUCCGGACGCUGAGCUCCAGCACCUGGGAGGAGACUCCCCGGAAGCCCCCCACCCAGAGGGGCCGGAGGGGGCGCCAGAGGAACCCCGACCUGGAGGAGCCCCAGUACGAGACCGAUUAUACCACGGCUGUGGACUCCAGUGACGAGCAGGAGCCGGAGGAGUGGGGCAGCCAUUACCCGCCCAUCACGUCCGACGAUGCUCGCCAGAGAUACAAGCAAGAUUUUGACACCGACCUCAAGCGCUACAAGAGGCUCUGUGGCGAGAUGGAUGGCAUCAACGACCAGAUCAACCAGCUCAGCAGGCAGCUGGACCAGCUGCCAGAGGACACACUCCAGUACCAGGGCGUGGCCGAGGAGUACAACCGGCUGAAGGAGCUGAAGCGGACGCCGGACUACCAGAGCAAGAAAAUGGAGACCAAGUCCCUGAGGAAGAAGCUUUUCCACAUCAAGAAGAUGGUGAGCGAAUACGACAAGCACCGCGGCUGAGGCCCCACCCCACCCCCCCAUGAGAGGGGCUGAGGCCCAGCUUCCUCCUGGGGCCCAGAAGGACGGACUCUGAUCUGCCAAGCAGCCCCCCCUCCUUUCGAUUGGGCCUGGGGACGUUUGGCGAAGCCCUUCCGAGACUCUGGGGGUGCCCGAGUGCUGGUGCCCCCCUCCAACAGACGAGGAUGCCAGUCCGUGUGUUUGUGUGUUUUUGUAGAUUUCCUUAUUUUUUAUGCUGAUGCCUUUUUCUCCCGUUUCGUGCCAAAAAGCUGGCCUCCAGUUCUUGGGCCAGCAGAGGAGAGUGGGCACCGACCCCAAACUCUGUUUCUGUGGCCUCUGGGGGGUUUUUUUGGGGACUCAGUGGCCAGGAACCGGAUUGCCCUGGGGGCUUCUCUUUGGGGCAAAUCACGUUGGGGAAACAACCCCCCCUCCCCAGAAGUGUGCAGUGAGGCCAAAGCCCCCACAAUGGAGAGAGUCCCUUCUGGCCCCUUGAAGAAGAGGAAAGCUUUUGCGCUGAAGGUCUUGGAAUCAAAUCCUGCUUGUUGGAUUGGGGGGGAGGGGUUGCACCCCCAACUGCUCAAAAGUGGCAUCUGAAAAAGGAAGGAAGCAGGAGGGCAGAGCCACACGCUUGGCUGUCGCCUGCCCUCCUCCCUUGUGCCAACCUGUGUCUGCUUGGCAAACGCUGCUGCCCCAAAGGCUCUGCAGUAGGAAACUUGCUCCAGCUUGGCAGUGCCACCCUAGAUGGCAUUUCUGCCUCUUGUUGCUGCCAAAAGGCAGCCGACGGUCCAGAGCGCCCUCCUGGGGUGGGAGGACCCCGGGAGUUCUGCUUUCGGAGAAAUCCUCCCCCCCCACCCAAAAAGUCCCAGCCCAGCAGGAUCUGUCCAUUGAGGGGGGGGGUGUAUAUAUUGUGAAAAUGGGGAGGGGGCAGACCUUUAAAGAAACCCAGAGUGAAGCUAUUCCUUUAAUAAACAUGGGGAAAAUUC